CAGACGCUGCAUCAUCUUCAUGGGGCACCUGAAACUGGACUUUGCUGCAACAUUCAUCUGGAGGACUCUGCAUUCACUAUAUAUGGUCUCCCUGGACCCUGCAUUCACUAUAUCUGGUCUCCACGGACCCUGCAUUCACUAUAUCCGGUCUCCACGGACCCUGCAUUCACUAUAUCCGGUCUCCCCGUACCCUGCAUUCACUAUAUCUGGUCUCUCCGGACCCUGCAUUCACUAUAUCCGGUCUCCCCGGACCCUGCAUUCACUAUAUAUGGUCUCCCCGAACCCUGCAUUCACUCUAUCCGGUCUCCCGGAUCCUGCAUUCACUAUAUCCGGUCUCCCCGGACCCUGCAUUCACUAUAUCCGGUCUCCACGGACCCUGCAUUCACUAUAUCCGGUCUCCACGGACCCUGCAUUCACUAUAUCCGGUCUCCCCCCGGACCCUGCAUUCACUAUAUCUGGUCUUCCCGGACUCUGCAUUCACUAUAUCCGGUCUCCCCGGACCCUGCAUUCACUAUAUCCGGUCUCCACGGACCCUGCAUUCACUAUAUCCGGUCUCCACGGACCCUGCAUUCAC